UUAGCAUAGUUCGAUCGGUAUCAUCACUACGGUAGCAAUCUGCCUCGCUCCUCUGUUCGUCGCCCCAACCUAACCUCAAGAGUGAGUCAGCAACCCAAAGCUCUUCAACGUCCCCAAUCCAUGGACUGCGGCAGCAGAAGCGGCGGCCGGCGCCUCAAGGACCGCCUCGCCCAGCUGCUUCGCCCGGCCAAUUGCAACUCUCUCCGCCGCUCCCCCUGCAGCUCCUCCUCGUCCACCUCCGCGGCUUUCACAGCCACCGCCGCCGCCGCCGCCGAGACCACCACGAUAUCGACCUCCUCCACUUCCACCACCGCCGCCAACUACACCACCGUCACCGGCGCCCCGCGCCCCCGCGCCGAGCCCUUCUCCGCCGCUCUCGACCGCCUGCGCCACCCUCCUCCCCCCGGUGAGCGCACGCGCGGCGGCGGCAAGGAGCCGCGCAAGGAGGGGAGCUCCUCCUCCUCCCGCCACGGCAGCCGGCGGCGUUCCAAUAACGCCCUCGUCGUCGGCAUGCCCGGCGUCAGGACGCUCUCCUCCAACCCCUACGGCUUCACCUCUUCCGGCGAGGAUGAUGGUGACGAUGACACCGACGACGACUGCGGCUACGUCGACGACGACACGGAGGCCUUCCUGUCCUCGAGAAGCCUCGUGUCCUCCGACUCCGCCGCCUUCUACACGUACAGGCGGAAGCUGCCGCCGCCCACGGACAAGAGCCACGGCCGCCGCCGCCCGCGGAGCCGGCGGCGCUGUCGGCGGCCAGCGGCGAGCUGCAUGGAGGCGACGUGCGGCGCCGGCGCCGUGAGGGAGCCGGGGUUCCGCCCGCUGGUGGCGACGACGGCGGCGGUGGCGGAGCAGGUGCGGAGGGGGCUGGCGGUGGUGAAGCGGUCGCGGGACCCCUACGGCGACUUCCGGGAGUCGAUGGUGGAGAUGAUCGUGGGGCGGCAGGUGUUCGGCGCGGCCGAGCUGGAGCGGCUGCUGCGGUCGUACCUGUCGCUCAACGCGCCGCGCUUCCACCCCGUCAUCCUCCAGGCCUUCUCCGACAUCUGGGUCGUCCUCCACGGCGGCUAGCCGGCCGGCCCGGCGCCGUGCGCCGGCGUACUAGCUAGUUGGAUACAACUAGUGCAUGCGCCAUGAGCGUAAUGGCAUCAUUGCAUUGCAUUGAAGGAUUACUGAGAGUGGUUAUGUUAAGUGUAGUAGUGUAUUGACUGGAGUAUGCUCGUUGAUGAGCACGAGUGAGACGGUAGCUGUACUUGAUUGUGAUGUGAGGUUAGCAAGCUUGAUGCUGGCUGGCUCUUUGAUCAUCAUGUUUAAUGUUUGUUGAUCCACUGGCUAUACUACUCUGUGUUAAAGACUGUUAUUGGUGCACCUAAUUUUAUUUG